UUCCGUCUUUAAUUCUAGCGUCAUCAUUCAGCGACACGCGCAACUGCAACCAAAACGGCGAGCAAAAAAUGCAUUUUUGAUUUCGUGGACGUUGAGAAACAGGAAUGUUACAACCAAAAUCGUUUCCGACUACGGUACGCGAAAAUGAAGACUGCACGACUGACGACAUUUCGCAGAAGGAGAACCCGUUUAACUUCAGCCCACAGCUCAUCUACCUUCACAAGGACCAUGAGCUGUUUGAGGAUGGAGACGUUGAAAGACAUCUUUACCUUCAAGACCUCUAUAUUUCAGAGGCAAUCGACGACAAACAAACCCUAAGUGUUUCAGAGUUUGCCUGUCACAUCUCUGGCUGCAACGCAGUCCACGGCACUUUAGAGGAGUAUGAGCAUCACUACAACUCCUUACACAGACACGUGUGUUCCAUUUGCCGGCGCUCACUUCCCACCGCCCGCCUCCUGGACAUUCACAUUCAGGAGUGGCAUGACUCUCUCUUCAUCGUCCUCGCCCAGCGGCAAGACAUGUACCGGUGUUUGGUGGAGGGCUGUGAACACAAGUUCAGGACGAGUGCUCUUCGGAAGGACCACAUGAUACAAAUUCACAAGUACCCUCCAGACUUCAGAUUUGACAAACCCAAAAGAGAGAAAGGAAUUCGAGGGGCAAAGCAGCAGCAGCAGCAGCAGCAAAUGGACAUAGCGAUGGAGGUAGUGGAUCAUGCGUGUGAGGUACUUUGUGAGGAGCAGUCCAAACAGGCAGAUCAAGAGGAAUCCAUGGAGAUGCCCGCAUCUGCGACAGGGAGCUACUCCACUGAAAAAAGCGCCUCUCAUGAGCAGCUGGCAGCAGGUCCCAACACAAAUAAUGAGCAUCUGAAACCACGAUACUCCAACAGGGUUCCCUCUAAUGUGUGCUUUGGUCACGGCUCCAUUCGAGGCUUCAGAGGUCACAGAGGAAGAAGGAAAUGAAACAUUUUCAGAAAUCACAAAUAUGAUUUCGGUUAUUUCAGAUGACGGUAAAUAAAAUAUUUAUUUGCAUUUGCA